AUGAGUAGCAUCCCAAAAGAAAACCAAACACUCAUAAACCAUUUCCUCCUCCUGGGGUUCAGUGAUCGCCAAGAUCUGCAGAUCUUCCUUUUCCUAAUUUUUCUACUGAUCUACCUUGUGACCAUGACUGGGAACAUCCUCAUCAUCGCCCUUGUGGCUUUUGACCAGCACCUUCACACCCCCAUGUACUUCUUUGUGGGAAACUUGUCCUGCUUAGAGACCUGCUACAGCUCCACCAUUCUGCCAAGAAUGCUGGCCAGCCUUCUAACAGGGAAUAGAACCAUUUCUAUUAGUUGCUGCGUUAUGCAGCUCUGGAUCUUUGGAUUUCUGGCAGCAACUGAAUGUUAUCUGCUGGCAGUGAUGUCUUACGACCGCUACCUUGCAGUGUGCAAACCACUUCACUACACGUCCCUUAUGAACAGUCGUUGCUGCAUCCAGUUAGCCCUUGCCUCUUGGCUGACUGGCUCCUUUAUAGUCACUGCCAUUGUACUAACAAUGUCACAGUUCAGCUUUUGUGCCCCAUCUGAAAUUGACCAUUUCGUUUGUGAUUUCAAGCCUUUGAUGCAACAUGUCUGCAGCGGUGCCCACCUUCUGCUCUUGUCUAGCUUCGUAACCACCUCUCUGCUAACACUGCCCCCAUUUCUGCUGACCCUUGCGUCAUACAUUUGCAUCAUCACCACCAUCCUGCAAAUUCCGUCCGAUACUGGGAGGAAGAAAGCCUUUUCUACCUGCUCCUCUCAUCUUGCUGUAGUAACCCUAUUUUAUGGAGCAUUAAUUGCAGCAUACCUGCUCCCAGAUACUGAUGCUCUGCACAGAAUGAACAAAAUCUUCUCCCUCUUCUACAUGGUCAUUACACCUCUUGUCAAUCCUCUGAUCUACAGCUUGAGAAAUAAGGAGGUGAGCAAGUCUCUAAGAAGGGCCAUCAACAAAUGUGUGCCAAUUCAAAUACUAAUAAUGGACUCCAACUGA